UUGAGGCAGAGUGAAUCCACUGGACACCAUGAUGAUCCUCCGGUCUGUUCUCCUACUGGUACUUGGCAUCAAUGUUGCUCAGGCACUUUACUCCAGGGCACUGUGGCACUUCAGAGGUAUGAUCAUCUGUGCCAUACCUACUAGCUGGCCAUUCCUAGACUAUGGGAACUAUGGCUGCUACUGCGGCUGGGGCGGCUCAGGCACCCCCGUUGAUGACUUGGACAGAUGCUGUCAGGUUCAUGACAACUGUUAUGGUGAAGCCUUGAAGCAUGAAGCGUGCUGGGCCAUCAUAGAAAACCCUUACACAGUGUUCUACGGCUAUGAUUGUGACAAAGCCACUAAGAAAAUCACCUGCAAGAGCAGUAACAACGAGUGCAAGAUGUUCAUCUGUGAGUGUGACCGGAAGGCUGCUGAGUGCUUUGCUGUAUCUAAAUACAAUAAAGAGCAUAAGAACCUGCCCCAGGCUCGCUGCCAAACAUGACAGUCAUGAACAUGAUAAAGGAGAAGCUCUGAAACAAUUUGAAGCACAUGCUCUUUGCAUCAUCACUUAGAAACAGUUUGCACUAAACACUCCACAUCAGCAUUACCUUUGCUUCAGGCACCUGCAACUUGGAUGACGUGUUCUUGAAUAUAUAAUAUUUAUAUACGCUUUUUUUUUUUUUUUUAACGUUAUAUAUGUAAUUACUUCUAAUACUAUUGUUUUUAAAACUGCAUUUGUGUCUUCUUUGGGACAACUGACUCAUUCGUCAGCCACAGAAGAAUGUAUUUGUCAUCAAAACCAUUUACAAAGUUCUAUCCUAUUUUAAUAACAUGACACCAAUGCUUUGAAAAGUAAUGUCAGCUUGGCAGUGUGAUUUGUGUAAUAAUCCUUGACUGUACAUGGAAUGGAUAAUUAGACUAUUGGGUUUGUUUACUGCUGAUGACAGAAUCACACUUUUUGGAAAUAGCAUGUGGAAAAUGAUUAUUGAUAUAGAAGGCUAAUAUUUUUCUACGAUGAUUGUCACAGUUUUGGUCAUUACACAGUGUUCCUGCACAAUUUAUUAAUUAAUAUUGUAUUAAUUGUAUUUGCAAUUAAUUCUAUUGUCAUUUUUAAAGACAGGUAGAGAGAACCUGACACUCUGGUACACACUGCCAACAAUUUUUUCUUGACGAAUAAAGAAUUUUUUUCUUUUUUUUCUUUUAAUUUACAUUUGGUCAUAAAUUUCCCCAAUAAACACUGUAGUCAAU